AUGGCUCCUGUCAAAUCGCUCGCCGAACUGUGCGUUGCGGUGUGCCAAAGACACAUCACUGAACUGAGCAGUGUUGGAAACGGAGACACCCUUCAAUACCAUCAUGUCCGCGACAUUCUCAUGAGGGUCACGAACCCAGCCCAGCUCCGCGAGAUCGAAAUCAACUCCCCUCAUAUCCAAGGCGAAACCUCCGAAAUUUGGCUGCGCCUCAUUAAAAAGGAGUUUCCAACGGAAAGCCACGAUAAGAACUAUGCCCCCAAGAACCCGUCGAAAUGGUACAAGAUAUACGAACGAUAUGCCGAGGAACGCCGUCAUGCCCAACAACAGGCCGAGGCUGAGUUGCUUGCGAGGGUCCAAGGCCUGCAACAGAAGAAGGAUAACAAUGUCAGCAGGAUCGUUGAUCCAAAGUUUGCGAGGUUCCUCCCAAAGCCACCCAAAACAGGACGGACUUUCGGAACGCGAGGUCGGGGAGGAAAGGAACUCCCCAGCUCCCUCAGCUUCGCGGCCGGAAGCAGGAUGAAGACGACCACAGGCGCCAGUGUUAUGAAGAAAGCCCGUAGAGAGGCCAAGGAGAUUGUUGGCAUAAGAAGCAACCUGGCCGUCCCUACAGGUUUGAUCAGAGCCCCACGACUGGGCAAGGCUCCGCCUUCGAUGGCCGCCGAGCAUCGGAUCUCAACUCAGCCGGUAUUUCGACCCACAUCUACCAGCAGCCGCCCUCCCACGCAUUCCACAUAUGUCGCGGCAUCCAAGACCACUUAUGUUUCUGACUCGUCAGACGAUGAGGGUGGCGAUCUGUUCGGCGACGAAGGAACGCCCAGGCAGAAGGGCGGCAAGACCGGCAGCUCGGCUGGCCCCAUCUCCCCCCUCAACAAGCCUACAGGGUCCAAAGAUCGCAAUCUCUCCACAUCCGCCAGCUCCAGCUCUGGAUCUAAACUCUCUCCUCCCUCGUUGAAGCUGCAUUCGGCAGGUCUACGACGUGGUGGCGGCAUUCUCGGAAAUGCACCUCGGGCAAAGAGCAACAUUAGAGUCGAAAGACCUCCGCCCAAACCCGAACCAGCCAUCAGAAUUGCAGAGCCGUCCCGCGCCCACAAAGUACUUGCCCAGAACAAUGGCCCGCAGUCGCCACCGUUGCCCGCAUUCCUUGACGAAAUGCAACCGACUCGCCCGACCUUGAGUAACCAGGAGCUGCCUAGAAAGAGGAAGGCGGUUGACAUAUUCAUGCCCAAGAAAAAAGGCAGACGCUGA